CUCUGGCUCCGCUCACGUCUGUUUUCCUUUUUCGUGCAUUAUUUAUUUCGCCUCCGCCCGCGGCCCUGCUGCCGGAGCGGGCGCUCCGGGCCGGCGUCUCUCGCCUGCUACCUCCCGAGGGCCCCCGGCACCACGCGCCCCGGACAGCCGCGCGGCGCCACCGGGAAGGGCGGGGACCCGGGCGGCGCAGGGACCCGCGGCAGGGUUGGAGGAGGGCUCGCGCGGCCAGCUCCCCAAGGAUCCGAGGACACUUUCCCCGCCCUCUGCCUGGGCAGUCCAACCUGGGCCCUGGGCUUGGGGCUGGCCGCCUUUCCCGGCCCGCGCUCGGCCAAGCGCAGCCCGGAGCUCAGUGCAAGCGCGCCGCGCCGGGUCCCCAGAUCAGCUGCCCUAAAGGCCCAAGCGGCGCGCAAACUUUUGCUCCAGCACCCCGCGCUCUUCCGCUGCGUGUGAAGCCCCCGAGCGCCCGCGCAGCCGCCAGGUUCAGCCCACCAGUGGGCGCCGCGGAUCGAGAUGCUACUCCGGGACCUGGUGCUGCGCAGUGGCUGCUGCUGGCCCUCACUACUGCUGCACUGUGCGCUUCACCCUCUCUGGGGCUUCGUUCAGGUGACGCAUGCUGAGCCCCAGAAGUCUUGUUCUAAGGUCACCGACAGCUGCCAACACAUCUGCCAGUGCCGGCCCCCACCUCCUCUACCCCCUCCGCCUCCACCUCCACCACCUCCCAGACUACUAUCCGCCCCAGCUCCCAACUCUACCUCGUGCCCCGCGGAGGACAGCUGGUGGUCGGGGCUGGUGAUCAUCAUCGCUGUCGUGUGUGCCUCCCUGGUGUUUCUGACUGUGCUGGUCAUCAUUUGCUACAAAGCCAUAAAGAGGAAACCACUGAGAAAAGAUGAAAACGGCACCAGUGUUGCAGAAUAUCCCAUGAGCUCGUCCCAGAGUGGCAAAGGGGUGGACGUGAACACUGCGGUGGUGUGAAUCUGCAGGCCCUGGACCCACUGGCUGGAAGGGCACCUUGGUGGCACUGGUGGACAUGGGGUGACUCUGGGCCUGUCCAUGACUUCCUGCUUUACAGGCAUCGGGCCUCCUGAGAGAGAAAGCAUCCUCUUCCCAGGGUAGCCCUGGUCAACUUCCGGGGUGCAGCACAGACACCAGGCUUGAGCCAGGCUCCCCUGCAUGUGGCCCCUGAGCAUCAGCACCACCCAGGGCUCUCCAUACCUUCCUUUUUGUCUUGUCUUGGGCACAUCGACUCUCACCCAGUUGCUACUAAGAGCACGUACUCCGGUGAACGUCGAGGGUCUGUCUGUCUUCCUGGGGCAGAAAGACACCCCUCUUUAGCCAGAAGAAAGGUGAUUCAGGGAUUGCUCCCAUUCCGGAAGCUUCCUCUCAUCCAGGAAGCCCACCUACUUCUCUGUGGACAUUCUAGCAAAAGCCAUCACACAGCCAUGAGACAAAUGUCCCCUUCCAAAGGUGCUUCCCACACAUCUGUCCACAACUGUACCUGCCAUGGUCUUCCGCCUCCAGAGCCUGCGCCACCCUCCCUGGCCCACUCACAGCCUAGCCUGUGGCUCUUGGUUGCAUGCCUGCUUUGGGAAUUGGUAGGCCCAGCCUGCCUAGUCCCCUGGGAGUGGACUCGGUGUCUCCCAGAAGCCCAGACUGAGAGUGUCCCAAGAAAGUCAGGGGUUCCCUUUGUACCUGCUCUGACACCCCACACCUGGCUCUUCAGGAAGCGUCAGUGUGAGCCAGGCUCUGCCUCACUGGUCAGAGGUUACAGCUUGUGCCAAAACCAUGUGGGCACUCUGUGCCAGGCUAGUGUGGGUCUGGUACCAUGUGCCUCCCUUACCCACAACAGUCCCUGAAACCUAAAUUUGGUACUCAGAAAGCUCCCAGGAGAAGGUGGUGUUCUUCUGUGCCUCCAGGAAGUGACUUUCUGUGGGCCAGGGCUCCUUUCUGUGGGAGCGAGGGAGAGUGGUGAAGAGCCAUCUAGCCUUGGUAACCCUCUGCCCACAGGCUGGUUUCCCUGGAGGCCACCCACACAGUGAAGUCAACAUCCCUUGCCUAGAAGGAAGCUGGCCUGCUAGAGGGCGACGCCCCCACAGUGUAGAGAUUUAGUUGAGUUCAUUAGCCUCCUCCUCACCCCACAGAGAUCUUCUCUGGAGGAUGUUUGUGCCACAUGAGAAUUUCAAAGCCAGGUAAAACUGAGGGACAAGAAAAUCAGUCCCAUGUGGCUAGGCGUCCUGAGGCUGCCACUGCCCUGCUCCUAAGUCUAUCAACAGGCUCAGGCUAAGGGGAGGUAGGGGCAUUCCUCCUGUACAUGGCAUUUGCCCUCCUUUGCUUGAGGACAUGGUUUGGGGUUGGGUUUGAAUUUCCCCUUCACAGCAUACCUUGGCUCUGGCGUGGGGUUGCCAAGAACCUUCUGUGGGACUGCCCUCACUCCACCCAGGGAGACACCUGGCAGUCCUCUUUGGAUGUAGUUCCAAGUAACGAAGAAGCCAGAGGAGGUGGGUAAGGGACAGGCAAACAGGAGUGAGAAGCCUGGCAGACUCCAUCCCAGUACCGUGUCUCUUACCCUUUCUAUCUAUCUAUCUAUCUAUCUAUCUAUCUAUCUAUCUAUCUAUAUCUCAUACACAUAAACACACCACCACCACCACCUUGAUCUAAACUGAGAAUAGGGCCACAGAACCCUGGCUCCCGUGCCUGCAGCUGACACUGGACAGAUAGGAGGACUGGUCUAGUUGUAAACACACACUCUCUGGAGCCUCACGGGAGAGCAUAACACCCCACUCCCACCUUGGGCUCCCAAGAGUAAAGAAGGGACAUUUGUAGCUGGAGGGGAGCUCUCUGCCAGGGGACAUGAAGGACUGAGCAGACCCUGAGAUUUCCAUGCACCCACGUCCUGACCUUGGCUGAAACCUAGGAAGCCCACAGUGUGUGUACUAUUAGCCAGCAGGGACCAAGGCUGAGUUUUCGCUGUGCUUGGCUAGUGUGCAUGUAAAUUCUCUCUAGUGGGCUUGCAUAACCUCACUCCACAGUUAGGGGAAGCCAAAGGAGGGGCCUAGGUUUUAGAAGGGCAUCCCUAGAGAACAGCAUCCCCAAGCCCAGGACAGGCCGUUUAGAGGGUGCAUUUCUCAUCACAACAGAAGCCACCAGUUUUUAAACCCAAACGGCUGAAACGUGAUCCUGUCAACUGAGAGCGUGGACUUAGAACAUCAUUUCACAGGGCCCACGGCAACUCCACUAAGACCCUGUCCGUCGAGCAGCCUGAAUGCCGAAGUCAGGUGAAGUGUCCAUGCCCACCUGUUUCCCCAGAUGCUUUCCACUGUGGUCAAGUUGUGUCAGAACUCAGCGGCAUUUAGGUUCUCCCAGUUACCAGGUGUUUCUACAAAGCCUUCUCGAGGACAUGUGGAUGGAAGAAUAAUAGAUGUAAAAAAUAGGAAUAUUAUAUAUAGUUAUAUAUAUAUUUAAAGAGAUAGCUAUCUAUACAAAUAUAUAUAUAUAAAUACUGUAUUCCAAUCUGUACAAAUAUGACCUAAACAGCCUAGGUAGUGUGAGAUCUGCAUUGCAUGAAUGUAAAUACCUUGAACUCUGAACUUUGCCUUCUUAGCAAUGCGUGUGUAUGGGAGGUGACUGUGCCGCUGGUGUUCUGUCUUGGUGGGCAGACGCACACGUCAAGACUCAGUAGCCCCUUCCUUGCAAGGAAGGAAGCAUUGAGAUUUUUUUAUUGUCAAUAAAAAUAUAC